CUUCGACCAUCAUCUUCAACAUGCUUGGCCUCUCUGCAUACGACGAUGACACUGCGAGCGACUCUGAGCAGCCCUCGUCCUCCAAAUUGAAUGAUAAGCCAAGCAAGUCAGGCGCUCAUACGUCUCCAGAAGCGCGCCGCAAGACGACCCAAGUGAUCAUCCGCAAGCCCGCAAAACCCAAGAACCACAAUCUACGCAGGGACCCUGCCGACGAGAUCAUCGCCGACCCGAAUCCGCCUGCCGCGCAAAAGUCGGCUACCCCAGAACAGGCGGCAGGACCGUCGCAAGCUUCGGGGGAAACCCAGCCAACCGACGAGCUCACGCGAAUACGAGAGCUCCUCCAGCCCCCACCGAUCCCUGGUGUGGCUGACUGGGGAAUCCCUCCUGCAUCCUCAGACCCAUGCGAUCCUGCCCUGGAGAGCAAACUCGCCCAAUUCCAUGCUUUGAAGCGCGACCCUCAAAACCCUCGGCACUUCAACGACUCCCUCAUGUCGAACCGCUCCUUCCGCAACCCCCACCUCUACGCCAAACUCGUCGAGUUCGUCGAUGUCGACGAACGUGCAACGAACUUCCCGCGCGAUAUCUGGGACCCGUACGACCUGCAGCCCGAGUGGUACGCGGAUCGCAUCGCGGAAGUUCAAAAAGCGCGUCAGGAAAAAGCGGAGAAGGAACCCGCCGGCAAGCGCUCCGCAAUUAACUUCACCAACGCCAAGUCGUCAUCGUCCUCUUCGUCCACCAAGCCAGAGAAAAAGGACACUGGGUCGUAUAACCCGUACUUGCACGCGUACAAGUCGCACGACCGCCAACGGCAGGACAAGGCAAAGAAGGGGAGAUGGUAGGUAGCUGUACAGGGCGUCGUGAUUUGUUGCUCUUUUGUCGUCUUGCUUUCGCUCGCAAUGCUAUCCUAAUUAUUUCCUUCGAUACCUCGCUUGUCGCGCUCGGAUGCGAGAUGCGUGCUCGCCAUCUUGCUCCUCGCUCAUUCGCGCUGCUGCGCAGAGAUGU